UGGUUAGUAAUUCCUACUGAUAAUUUCAGUCCAGAAUCCACAAAUACAAUCCUAAACCUGAUCCUAAUCCCUGCACCGACUACCAAUCGUAAGGGAUUAGAUUAAGGAAUAAAUUCUCGUGGAUUCGGAGGAUGGAAUUUUAUUUUACAAUGACCAAGCUGAGCGUGGGAAAAAAUUAUGAAUCUGACAUAAUCCAAGAUUCCAGGAAGAUACUCUCCUCGAAAACUCAUUCACAAAGGACAUUUUGUGCGUGGAAAUUGUACUAAAUCUGUUGUAAACGAUUUUUUUCCUGAACAAUGUCAUUAUUUGAUGCUACAGUAAGCCAAGUUGUCAAAGAUGUUUCCCACGACACGUUGGUACCUGUGCGCAAUCGUUGUGCGGCAGAUUAUUGUAAACUAAUGUCCUUGGUGGAACGCAAAACUCGCUGUUGGCACUUACCAUGGAAGUCAAAAUACAAAUAUAUUCCUGCCGAGACAACAUUGAAUGAUAUUUUGACUAAGGAAGUUGAUGUGAAAAGUCACUUUUGCACAUCAGUAUUGUUUAAAGAUUAUGCAAGCACACCCUCCUUUCAUAAAGCUGGGAAAAUCGGUGGCAAGAUUGCUGAAGAAUUUGAUGUGGAUGUGAGCAUUAACGAGACAAUGCAAGUCUCGUUAAAGCUUGGCGAUGUCAUCAAGCGGGAAGUUGUGUGGCAAGAGCUAUACGACUGUGUGAAUGGUAAAGCUGCGAAAGGUGAUCAUCCAUUAUUGAAGACAAUCAAAAGUUCUACAAAGAAAAGUUUGUUUUUGAUUGGCAUGGUUGUUACCUCAGGAGUUAUAACAAGUCUGGAUAAAGAAACAAAAUUUGGUGGUGAUUUAGGUGGCACGCCUCAUGUUCAGUUAACAUUGAACAGUGAUGGCUCAAGUGAUGCCAAACAGCACAGGCAAUAUACCAUACCACCUGGAACAACCCUUGCAUAUUGUUGUUAUAAACUUAAAGUUGGAAAUGAUGGUGUUUUGAACCUCCAGCUUCCAGAUGACCUAACUGACGCACCACUUCCAGCUAAAGAGAAAAUCUUUGAAGUGGAAAGUAUACAGCAAGCCUUGAGUGGGUUACUUACAAAUGAAGCUAACGAUGACCUGAUCAUAUUGCUGAGAAAAAUUCUAAAUUGUAGACCAGCAUGUGCAUUCAAAUUGAACAUUGUUGUUGAAAAUGCCAUAGAUAUUUUGCAAGGAGAAUCUGUUCUAUGCACAAUUACAAUCCCUCAUUUGAAGAAAAUAUUCACUGAAGAUUGUUUCCCAGACUGUUUCAAGUUCCUAGAAAUUGCUGGUGCUCAAGUUGACCAGGAGAAUAACAAGCUAGUUUUUCCAGAAGACAAACUAGAUCUGUUGAUAUCUCUCAAUCUUUUGUUGGACUGCUUAUCUGAAAUGGGCAAUUUCCAAAUCCAGAUACUCACAGAGUGUGAUAUCUCACAUAGAGAUGGCAUACUUUCAGCAUUACAAAAAGCCAUAGAAUCAGCAGGUUCACCUGAAAAUGCUAUCGAUUUUUCGGAUUCUUUUACCGAAGAACACGCUGUGGCAAGAUUCCUAAGAAGCCUUGGUCUGGACCUCGUUAGGAAGGACUCCAGCUUACAUGUGGAAUAUUUACCUAAAUGUCAGUCUGCCAUGCAACUAAGAUCUUCGGUGGUUGCUGUGCUUGGCAUGUGUUCAGUAUAACUGCAAGAACUGAAUUAUGACAAUGGUUGCAUUAUGACAAUGGCUGCAUUGGCCACAUUAUUUACUAUUCAGACGAAUACCGUAUGUAUUUUAGCUUAGAUGAUUUUAAAAAUCGGAAAUUCAAACAGUCUUUUUAACACAAUAAUUUUUUUAUUCUAAAAAUAUAAUUUCUAAAUCAACAAUGAUUUUAUCCUCAAUAGCUGUACAUUAUCCUUAAGCAUUUAAAUUAGCAUUAAGAAUAUUAAAUAUCUAUAAUACUUUGUUAGAUUGUAAAAAAUACCUUUUGAAAUACACAGUAUUUUCAUGUUGUCCAUUCAAGCUUCCUGCAACUGUGGUGCAUGCAAUCGUUCAUCAGCAUGCAUGUCCAUUGC